GGAAGGCUGUUGCCAUGGUGGCCUGUGCAAGGCAAAUUCCUCCAGAGUGAAGUGGGAGAUAUUUAUACCCAGGGUCAGGCAGAGUGACUGUCAGCGGCCAGAGCAGGAGAGCUGGGAUAUUUCGGACACAGUGAGGCCGUGGUGUGGGCAGGACAAUGGCAUCUCUCGACCACAUCUUGGUUCUUUGUGUGGGUCUCCUUGCAAUGACUAGCGCAGAAGCUCCGAAGGAACACGACCCAUUCACCUACGACUAUCAAUCGCUGAGGAUCGGAGGUCUUAUCAUCGCCGGGAUUCUCUUCGUUCUGGGAAUUCUUAUCAUCCUCAGCAGAAGGUGCCGAUGCAAAUUCAACCAGCAGCAGAGAACUGGAGAACCUGAUGAAGAGGAGGGAACUUUCCGCAGCUCCAUCCGCCGUCUGUCCACCCGCAGGCGGUAGAAACACGUGGCGCGAUGGAACCCCGCCGGGCCCCGCAGCCCUGAGCAGGCUGGGGAAGGGAGGGGAGAGGAGCGGGGGUCGCGGGCUGCGGGGCUCUCCUGCUUGUCAGCCGUUUCACCCUCACAGGAUUCCCGGCACCUGACGCCUCCCACCCACCACCCGCGCACCCACUGCCACCUGGACUGCCCUCUUCCCCAGCUCAGACCCCACCGGCUCCUCUCUGCCGCCCAGACUUCCAAUAAAACGUGCUUUUCUCUCCUGACA